CUUCUUUAACCACAACCAAGGAUUUCUGGCCCCCCCUAAAAGAAAAACCACAACUAACCAAGGACAAUAUGAUUCAGACACAAGCAUGCUUUUCAGUAAUACAAUCUGUAAAGGAAAGAGAAGACAAAUAAGAAAAAGCAUAGAGAUCUUUUGACAACCAUUGCUCUCUUUUCUUUGCUAUUUCCUAUAAACUAAUUCUCCAUUUAAUUUAGUCCCUCCCUAACUGAUUGUCAACUUUCUAAAAUCUUCCAAAUCCAACACAUUUCUCAACUCCUAUAGAAAUCAGAUGAACCCAUCUGUUUAGACAAAAUGUCUUCUCAGCUGCUGUGGUUUGUGUUUGUGUUCAGUAUCAUAACAUUUGUAGAGGGAAACAUAAGUAUUGGAGGUGAAGCAUGCAGCCUCAAUGAUCUGAGGGGUCUAACCAGUUUCAAGGCUGGAAUUCAGAUUGACUCGUCUGGCCGGCUACCAAAGUGGGUUGGUCAUAGCUGCUGCAAGUGGGAAGGCAUUGUCUGUGAUAACAGAACCGGCAGGGUAAUAGAAAUUUAUCUUCCGGGACUCAUUUCCUCUGAUGAAUUCUUUUUUCAGUCACAGAUGAAUGGCCAGUUAUCUCCUUUGAUAACACUUCUCACUUCCCUUGAAGUCAUUGAUCUUGGUGGACUCGUUGGUCUUGCUGGAAACAUCCCAUCAUCGAUCGGUUAUCACCUCCCGAAUCUCCGAAAGCUCAAUCUCUAUGGCAAUAAUCUAACUGGUGAUGUACCAGAAAGCAUUGGUAAGCUGUCAAAACUUGAAGAGCUUCUACUGUACGAAAAUAGAUUAUCUGGGUCACUCCCUCCAAGCCUUGGAAGGCUAGAGAAUCUGAAAAUGCUGCUUUUAUAUUCAAACCAAUUUUCCGGUCCUAUACCUGACUCCUUUACAAACUUGACAAAUUUGAUACAUUUAGAUCUUCACAGUAAUUAUCUGACUGGUCAAAUUCCAGAUAGAAUUGAUCAGUUGCAGGUUUUGAAAGAGCUUGAUCUUUCAAACAAUUCCUUAAGGGGGAAGAUUCCCCAGUCAUUAACUAAUUUAACCUCCAUUUCAGUUAUGUACUUGGACACCAACUAUCUUGAGGGAGAAAUCCCAUUUCCAUCAAGUUUUGGCCAAUUGCCUUCUCUUGCUUUUCUAAGACUGCAUAAUAACAGUCUGAGUGGAAAGAUACCACCCAGCUUUGGAUAUUUGGUCUCCCUCCAAAGAGUUUCUCUGGCAAAUAAUAACCUUAGUGGAGCAGUUCCCUCCAGUUUGGGGAACUUAGUAGCUUUGACAGAGCUAUAUCUUGGUGGCAACAGGUUAUCUGGCCAAAUACCAACAUCAAUUGGUCAACUUUCUCAGCUUAUUCUCUUGAGUAUUUCUCAUAAUUUGAUUCAAGGACCAUUGCCUCAUGAGAUGUCAUUACUCCAAAAUCUUCAAACGCUUGAUCUUUCAUUCAACAGUUUAGAACUCUCCACUAUACCACAGUGGCUGGCAGAACUGCCAUCUCUUUCCAAGAUCUUCUUGGCGGGAUGUGGAAUCCAAGGCAAAAUUCCAGAGUUCUUGCAAACAACUCCGAGUCCGAUACAGGAACUGGACUUAUCAGCUAACAAUCUCAGUGGAAGCAUUCCAGCAUGGCUUGGAAGCCUCACUCAGCUCUACUUGUUAAAUCUUUCUGGGAAUUCACUCGUGUCAAAUAUUCCUGACACAGUUACAAGUUUGCAAGAUUUGGGUGUGCUUGAUCUCCACUCAAAUAAGUUAACAGGCCCCAUAAAUCAGAUUUUCGAGAUAGGAAAAGGCUUUCCUGAUGGAUCACUAACGUGCAUUGAUCUUUCUGAUAACAGCUUUUCAGGAGGAAUUGAAGAAAUUGGUAUGGGAGCACAAUGUGGGAUUCAGUUUCUUAAUUUAUCACACAACUUCUUGGAAGGCAGAAUACCAAUGACUAUAGCAAGAAUGAUAUCUAUGCAAAGUUUGGAUUUGAGCUACAAUGAGUUAAGCUUCAACUUGCCAGAGGCUCUAGCAAAUGUAAGCUUGUUAGAAACACUGAAGCUGCAGAAAAACCACUUCACUGGUAAAAUACCAAUUGGGUUUUUGGAGCUGAGAAAUCUCAAGGAAUUGGACUUAUCAGAUAAUCUACUGGAGGGGGAAAUCCCUGUGGGAGAACCCCUAAUUAACUUUCCUGAGAGCUCCUACUCUGGGAACAAAGGUUUAUGUGGGAAGCCUCUUACUCCUUGUAAGCCGAGGUUUUGAGUUAAAUUCUUGAUUACUCAAGAAGUAGAACCUAUGAUUGUUUCUCAAAUUGAGUCUAUGUAUAUACUCUUCAUUUUAAAGAUAUAUUUGGAACUGUUGGUCCUUCUGUAGAAGGCCAAGGGCACAGGACUAAUGUACCAAGUUAUAUGCAUUGCAUUGCAUCAGGAAAGACAAGUAAUUUAGCACUUAAAUAUUAAAUUCCCCAUGCUUCAAGUGCGAAGAUAGGAAUCUGAGUGCUUUUUUCCCAUUUGCGAAAUUGUAUGGAGUGAGUAUAUACACUUUUGACCCACAGUCUACUCAAGAUUCUUUCCUAUCUAACACCAUACUCAACAUAUCCUGUUUCACCAGUUCUACACAUGUUAUUUUAGACUUCCAACUACCUCUUUUUUACUCCCUCAACUCUAACUCUUUCUCACAAGUGCAUUACUCAAUCUCCAUUGCACAUGACCUGACCAUAUUAUGCGAAUCUUGUCAUUUUCUCAACCUCAAUUGGAGCAGUACUUGCUUCCACUCAUGCUGUGAUUCACAGUCAGGAUCUUUAAUCAUUAAAGAGUACAAGAGUUUAUACAGGUACACACAAUAUAAGAGAAUUUCUCUAAAAUUAGCCUUUAUUAAUUUUAACCUUUAAGCCUUACAUUGUUUUAGUAAUUGUAAUAAUUUCAAAGGGGCUCCUGAUUAUUCCCCAGUUGCCUGUAA